AUGAUGAGAAACCCUCGGAACAGAAAGCAAAGGAGGUUAAAAGUAGCACGUCUAACAAUGGUGAUAGUAAAGAUCACAAGGUUGCGGAAUCAGUUGACGAAUUCAACUGGGAGGAGGAUUUGGAGGACAUCAAUUUUAUAUUAGAUGAUGUUGAUCAUGGAGAAGUUGUUACAGAUGUUUGA